AUGCGGGUUAACGCGCUGUUGGAGGUUUGGGGACAAACCUUGGAGUCUAAAGAUUUCAAGUUGAGCAAGACCAAAACAGAAUACUUGGAUUGCAAAUUUAGUGACGAGAUUCAUGAAAUAAACAUAGAUGUGAAGCUUGAUACUCAAGUUAUCCCCAAUAGAGGUAGUUUCAAGUAUCUCGGGUCUAUUGUCCAAGGUAAUUGGGACAUCGACAAGGAUGUCACGCAUCGUAUUGGAGCGGGAUGGAUGAAAUUGAGGCUCGCAUCCGAUGUUCUAUGUGAUAAGAAUGUGCCACCAAAACUUAAGGGUAUAUUUUACAGAGUAGUGGUCCGAUCAGUUAUGUUGUAUGGGGCUGAGUGUUGGUUAGUCAAGAACUCCCAUGUGCAAAAGAUGAGAGCAGCUGAGAUGAAGAUGUUGAGAUGGAUGAUUGCCUGUACCAAGAAAGAUAAGAUUAGGAAUAAAGUUAUUCAGGAUAAAGUGGGAGUGGCCUCCGUGAAGGACAAGAUGUGGGAGUCAAGGCUGAGAUGGGGGCAUGUUAACAGGAGAAGCAUUAAUGCUCCUGUUAGAAAGUGUGAGAGGCUGACCAUGACGGGUUUGAAAAGAGGUCAAGGUAAGCUAAAGAAGUGCUGGGGAGAGGUGAUUAGGCAGGACAUGGCGCUGCUCCACCUUAGUGAGGACAUGACCUUUGAUAGGAAGGUGUGA